CCUCGACUCCAGACCCCACGCCGCACACGCUCAUUUAAUUGGAUUUUGGAAACUCACUAUUGUCGCUCCUUACACAGGUCAACUCUGUCAGCUGUGCCUCCUCCGUCAUCUUCGCUUUUGUCAAUCUUUCCGGUACUUCACCAUCCUGUCCGCGUACGACUGCGGUCCUCCGUCGCCAUUCUUGUCAUCAUUAUCGUGGGAGUGUAUGAAGCGCAGGCGUACCAUUAAUCAUGUCUGGGUUCAUCGAGGAGCUUUUUCUUAGGCUUGCGUGCGAAACACCGCUUCCGCGUAGCAGCGCCGCCGGCCGCAGGGCAGACAAACCAUUCACUACAAAGCCAUAUACCCGAGCUCAAGCAAAGGUCGAACAGCAAGCUGAACUUUUGCCCAGCCCACAUCUGCAGUCCUCCACAACCCGCAAGAAGCGCGCCCGUAAGUCUGAGUUCGAUAUCUUCAUCGACGCUGACGCUGCAAACACUCCGCUUUCCCCAUCGCCAAAGAAGCUCAAGUCGAAUGGACGCGUUCCGCUUUCCGUCAGAACAAAUUCCGGAAACGACACUCCAGUACCCUCUCCUCGCUUUCCUAACACACCCUUCCCCUUCUCACGUUCGGAUCCGCUGUGGGAAAACGUCGAGAACUACGACACUCGUCCCUUCUACAUGACGCCUCCUCCAACUCCAGGCGGCCCCUCGCCUGCCCCAUCGCCAUCACCGUUCGCUUCUUCAUAUCGUGCAACUCGGUCAGCCCGAACCCGCCGAGUUUCUUCCACCAAACAACUCCCCCCACCCAAGGACAAGACCCUCUAUACGGUUCUCCAGUUGGACGACUGGAAGGCAACCAAGGAGGAGAUCAAGAUAGCAUACAGGAAGGUUGCUGUUGAUAACCACCCGGACAAGGUUGCUGAAGGUCAGAGGGAGGACGCCACGCACAUGAUGCAGACCGUCAACGCCGCGAAGGAGGUGCUCUUGGAUGACAAGCGCCGCAGGGCAUAUCAUUCAAGCGGGAAGCUCCCUUGGAAUACUUGAAUCUGGCGUUGGAUGACGGUAUUUGGAGCUCUUAUUGGCCGAAAAAUUUUGCUUCACUCUAUCUCAGGUUUUGUCACACUAUUGGAGGGAAAGAACACGACGUCUACUUGAGUUUGCACCGCACCAUGAUUGGCAUGGGGAUCUACUUCAGAGUAGCGUUGGCACGAUACAGUCAUGGAUCAUCAGGAAAAAUUUAUUCACUUAGCUACGAAUACAGCGCCUCUUUGGGUCACGUACUGUAUUGGUCUUGGUUCCAACCUGUGCAUGCGCAGUUUUGGCGCUGCGAUGCUAAUUCUGUCUUCUUUUGAUGCCGCUGUCUA